AUGACAAUCCCACUCGGCUUUAAGUUUUUUCCGUCUGAUCAAGAGUUAAUUCAUUAUCUUCUCCAAAAAUCGACCGCAAGACCUUUGCCUUGUGACAAUGUGAUUAAGGACUAUGACCUUUACGGCGAAAAAGAGCCUUCGACGAUAUUUGAUGGAGCAGAAGCGAAUAUUCAUUAUAUUUUUACUAUAUUGAAGAAGAAGACUAAAAAGGGUGCCCGGGUUGAUCGAACGGCUGGGACAGGAACGUGGAAAGGCGUCGAUGCAAGCAAGUCUAUAUAUGAUGGCAAUCGGAGACUGAUAGGGUCUAAGAAAAACUUCGUAUACUUGACAAAUUCUAAGACCAAAGGAGGAUGGAAUAUGGUAGAAUACAAUCUAGAUGGCAUAGCAGAGAAACAUGCACUCAAACUUGGAAAGGUCACAGAUUAUGUUAUUUGCCGCGUCACAAAAAAUGCAAUUAGCAAAAAUCGAAUCAGGGAAGAGGGUCAAGUAAUGUUGCGAAUGCCAGAACAAGAAGAAAUGGAAGGAGGUCCACCAAUAUCAAAAGAAAUUAAUAAUACGACUAUUAGGUCAACAAGUGGAGCAUAUCAAGUGGUGGAGUAUCUAGACAACAGAGCAUACAUGGAUACUGGAUCAGCAAUGGUAUCAACAAUGGCAAUGUUGCCAGCACCCCAACAAAUAGAAGGAGGUCCAACAAUGGUAGUACCAAGUUCUCAAGAAAUUAACAAUACAUUUAGUGACGCAUAUCAAGUGGAGGAACAUCUAGCCAACAGUGCAUAUGCCGAUAUUGGAUCAGCAACAGCCCAAUUAGCAUCAUAUCAAGAAAUGAAAGAAGGUCCACCAAUAUCACAAGAAAAUAACCGUAUGAUUAUUGGCUCAACAAGCGGAACAUAUCAAGCGGAGGAGCAUGCACAUACUGGUACCGAAUCAAUAAUGGCACAAUUGCCAUCAUCAUCAACACCACCUCUUAGCAAUGCACCUCAACCAUCAAUGGAUAUGAAUAUGAAUAUGAUGAUGGGAUUCGGAAGCACAUUCGACUUAGACAUUGACAUGUUUUUGGCUAAUGCACUAGAACCAUCAUCGGGUAUGAUGAUGGGAUUCGGUAGUGCAUUCAACCAAGAAGACAUUGACUCGUUUUUGGCUUACUAA